CAGUUAUUGCUUUCGCAUCCUCGUCGCGCCUGUACACUACAAUGGUUCGAAUAAUCAUCAAGGGAGGUGUCUGGAAGAACACCGAGGACGAAGUCCUCAAGGCUGCGAUAGCCAAGUACGGAAAGAACCAAUGGGCACGAAUAUCUUCCUUGCUCGUCCGCAAGACCCCAAAACAGUGCAAAGCGAGGUGGUACGAGUGGCUGGACCCGUCAAUAAAAAAGACAGAAUGGUCAAAGACAGAAGACGAGAAACUCCUUCAUCUCGCAAAGCUUAUGCCAACACAGUGGCGCACGAUCGCUCCCAUUGUUGGUCGAACAGCUACGCAAUGUCUAGAACGCUACCAGAAACUGUUGGACGAGGCUGAAGCCGAAGAGAACGAGGAGUUGGGAUUGACCGGUCCCAAGGAUACUGGCCCGAGUGCGGACGACGUCAGGCGGCUUCGACCAGGCGAAAUCGACCCUGAUCCAGAGACGAAACCAGCUCGACCAGAUCCUAUCGAUAUGGACGAGGAUGAGAAGGAGAUGCUGUCGGAAGCUCGCGCUCGUCUUGCGAACACUCAAGGCAAGAAGGCGAAGCGGAAGGCUCGCGAGCGUCAACUUGAAGAGGCAAGGCGCUUAGCCGUUCUGCAAAAGAAACGCGAGUUGAAGGCCGCUGGUAUCAUUAUGCGCCAUAAGACCAAAUUAAGGGGCAUGGACUAUAAUGCGGACAUUCCGUUUGAAAAGAAACCGGCACCGGGUUUCUAUGAUACGUCGGAAGAACAAGCUCGUGUCACUUCUGCUCCCAUUGGCCAAUCCCUGCGACGCCUGGAAAACAAGCGCAAAACCGACGAUGAAGAAGCCGAGCGCCGGAAACGACAGCGUCGCAACGAAAAAGAAGGUCAGAGUUCAGGUCACCAGACGAAAUUCGUUCCUGCGCGUGAUGCACAAAUCCAGAAGCUGAAGGAGGCGGACAGCAUCGGUCGACGGAGAAAGCUGGAGUUGCCAAGUGCACAAGUGGGCGAGGCUGAGCUGGAGGAGAUCGUCAAAAUUGGGCAGACGGGAGAAAACGCGAAAGCUUUGGUUAAUGGAGGAAGUGAGGCGACCUCUAAGCUCCUAGGCGAGUACGAGGGGUUGGACAGUGCUAGAAUGGCGCGCACGCCCCGGACUGCCCCACAACAGGAUAAUGUGAUGCUGGAGGCUCGCAACCUACGUAAUAUGACCAUAGCACAAACACCACUUCUAGGUGACGAGAAUACCCCACUGCACCCGACUGGCGAUGGCACAGGCUUUGAAGGUGCCACUCCUCGCCACCAGGUUGCAUUUACGCCUAACCCUCUUGCAACCCCACUGCCCGGUGAUACUAUCGAUGGCAAGUCCAUGGCUGGUGCAACACCUUUGCGCACUCCUAUGCGGGAUACCCUUAGCAUUAAUCCGGCUACCGGCAUGGUGACGGGGGGCGAAACACCUCGAGAGCAACGACUCCGCGUGGAUUCUGCAAAGCGUACGCUCAGGGCAGGGUUUAUGAGUUUGCCGAAGCCAGAGAACAACUUCGAAUUGCUCGUACCUGAGGACGAGGAGGAAGACCCAGCAGAGCAAACGCCUGCUAUCGAAGAAGAUGCCGCACAGCGGGACGCUCGGCUGAAACGCAUACGCGAAGAGGAAGAAAGGAAGACACUGGCAAGGCGUUCGAAAGUUGUUCAGCUCAGCCUUCCUCGGCCUGCCCGGGUUAACGUAGAGCAGUUGAUGCGCAACCUCAAUCUUGGAGCGGACGAUGAUUUGGCAGACGCGAGGAAGUUAAUUAAUGCUGAGAUGGCAAGUCUCAUGCUCCAUGAUUCUAUUGCUCACCCUUUACCCGGCACCAACCUCCCUGGUAGCACCAUCUCCUCCUACGUCCUCCCGCCGGACGAGGACAUAGCAAGAGCUAAAUCCAUGGUUCACUUCCAACUCGCUACUUCAAUCGGUUUCCCGGCUGCCACAGAAGCUCAGGUAAAAGAGGGACUUCAGACCCUCUCCAAGAACGAAGAGGUUGACGAGGCUUGCUCGUGGGCGCAUCAACGGCAACGGCUAGCGUUCGACCCCCACAGCAGAACGUGGGUCGAUCCUCAGAGUCUCUCUCUUGAGGACAGAAUUGCCGGGUACAACACGCUACUCCGGGAAUGCGGGGAGCAGAUGACGAAGGAAGACAGCAAGACUUCCAAGAUCGAAAAAAAACUGGGCAUAACGCUUGGCGGCUACCAAGUGCGGUCGAAAGCAUUGGUAGAACGACUUACCGAUGCGUUCGACGAGCUCGUGAAAACAAAGCUCGACUAUGAAAGCUUCGCGAGGUUGGCGUCGAGCGAAGCAGUGGCUGGUCCCCGCAGAUUAGAAUCCCUCAAAGAAGAAGUUGAUGUCCUUGCACGGCGUGAGAGGUUGCUACAGGAGAGGUAUGCAGAGCUGGAACGAGCGCGGCGGGAUGCGGAGUCGAGGGUGGCGGCUCUGGAAGAGAAGCUUAUGGAGGAGGCGGAGGCACUGAACGAGGCUGCUCUUGCAGAGACGGAAGUCAGUACAUGAUUGACGUGUUUUCUUAUGCAUCUAUGUAUUGGUGGAAUCUGCCUGUACUGUACGUAUCGUCGAUGCCGGUACACUUGUUGGCACAGGGGAAUUGCUAGAAAUGGAAUAUUGCCAUGUG